AAAACUUUGAAUAAUAAGAACAUAGACAUUGAUGAAGUGCUAAAAACUGUUCUUGGUACUAAUUCAGAAAUGCAACCUCCACAUUCACCUGAUGCCUAAACGAUAUAUAGAUUUCAAAAAUAAAAACUAUUAGAAAUGUCAACAGAUGAGAUUUUAGAUUUAGACGUUGCCCGUCAAAAAAUGAAGAAGUGGAGAGAUGAUGGAUAUCGCAACAGUGAUGAGAUUAUUAGCUUAGGAGAGUGUAUUAUUUUAGAUCAUGCUAAUAAACUUGGAGAUGAACUAUGGUUACUUUAUGAACAAGUAUGUAUAGCAGCCUUCGACUGCAACCGAAUGGAUCUAGCUCUUAAAUGUCUCCGUGCUCUAGACAAGCAGUUUCCGAAAUCAAACAGGGUGUUAAAGUUAAAAGCAAUGCGUAAAGAAGUUUUAGGCCAAUAUAAUGAUGCGAAGCAAAUUUAUGAAGUGAUGCUUGAGGAUGAUCCAGCAAAUCUUUCAAUAAGAAAACGACUUAUUGCACUUACAAAAAUUAAAAAUGAUCCAGAAGAGACAAUUUCUGCAUUAAAUGCGUAUUUAAAAGAUUUCAUGGCAGAUCAAGAAGCAUGGAUGGAGUUAAGUGAGCUUUAUAUAAAGCAACAAGAAUUUUCAAAAGCUGCUUUUUGCAUGGAAGAAGUUAUGCUAUCACAUCCACACAAUCAUUUGUACCACCAACGAUAUGCAGAAAUUCAAUAUACCAUUAACACACCAGACAGUAUGGAAAAAGCAAGAAUGUAUUUUGCACAAGCUCUCAAACUAGAUCCUAACAAUGUACGCGCUCUUUAUGGUUUGUUUCUGACUACAAAUUCUUGUGUAGCUAAAAAAGGAACAGAUGCAAUGAAAACAUGUACUUGGACUGCUGAAAGGAUUGCCAAUAUGUUUAACAGCAAUGUAGGUGAAUACCAGAAACAAGCUGUUACAGAAAUGAUGGGUAGUUUGUCCAUAACAAAUUAAAAUUAUUUAUUAUGAUAUGAUGAUAAAUUAUAAAAAGA